AUGGAGACCAAGUCCGGAGCAAAAAUUGCUAUCCGAGGAAAAGGCUCUGUUAAAGAGGGUAAAGGACGAUCUGACGCCGCUCACUCUAGCAACCAGGAAGAAGACCUUCAUUGUCUAAUCAUGGCAGAUACGGAAGACAAAGUUAAUAAGGCCAAGGAACUUAUUCACAAUGUUAUCGAAACGGCUGCUUCUAUUCCUGAAGGGCAGAACGAACUGAAGAGGAACCAGCUGCGCGAACUUGCUGCGCUUAACGGAACUCUACGAGACGACGAGAAUCAGGCCUGUCAAAACUGCGGUCAAAUUGGCCAUCGCAAGUACGAUUGUCCCGAACAGCGUAACUUCACUGCGAACAUCAUCUGUCGUGUUUGUGGAAAUGCUGGGCAUAUGGCCAAGGAUUGUCCUGACCGUCAGCGUGGUACCGAUUGGCGCAACCAUGGACCCAGCGUUCGCGGCAAAGGAGCUGGAGCUGGUGAUGCAGUUGACAGAGAGAUGGAGCAACUUAUGCAAGAACUCUCCGGCAAUGCUCCUCUACCUGGCGGUGAAGCACAGAAACGCAUCGAAGGUGGCCCUGGAGGAUAUGGUCAAGGCAACAACAACUUCAAUGGUGAUGACGUGAAACCAUGGCAACAGCGUGAGCCUGCCAGCAACACUCCACCUUGGCAACGACGUGACGAUCGAUCCCGAGAUGAUCAUGGCCAUCAUGACCCGAAUGCGCCUCCACCAUGGGCUACUGGUGGCCAUAGAGGUGACCGGGACAACCGAGACCAUCACGGUUACCAGGGGCGUGACUCUUACAACCCUGUUCCUGCCGCCGGUGGCCCUCCACCAUGGCAGCAAGCUGCACAGCAAGCUCCAGCUAUGGCCCAGACUGCUGCUUAUGGAUACGCUGGAUAUCAGUUCCCUACAAAUCAAGUUAUGGGUGCACCACCUGGCCUUAGUGGCAUCCCUCCACCUCCACCUGGAAUGGCUUCUAUGUUCGCUGGAUUCCAGGGCGCUCCUCCGCCACCUCCUCCGCCAGCUGAUGGCCCACCCCCUCCUGUGAGUUCACACGGCUUUGCAGCUAUAUUUUACAGAAACUAA